GACGUUAGUAGCGGUAGACACAACAUACAAGCUACAGUUCUAACUGUAAGACGAGGAAAUACAUAAAUACACCACUUUCAGUCGGUAGCCCAUUCACUUGUAGCACGAACACAUUGUCUGUUAGAAACCGCAGUCUACAGCAACUAUGUUGAAGUUGUUCCUACUAUGCACACUGGCAAUUUUAAGCCGGGCUGACAUCGGCGAAGAAGAUGAUGUUCUGGUGCUGAAGAAAAGUAAUUUCGAGGAGGCUUUGAAAGCUCACCCAAACAUCUUAGUUGAAUUCUAUGCCCCGUGGUGCGGCCACUGCAAGGCCCUGGUCCCGGAGUAUGCCAAAGCUGCCAGCUAAAGUUAAGCUGGGUAGAGUUGGCCCUCUGACUCUGUUAGACCUGGGAUUUGUGGGGAGGCCCAGGACGGUUUCUGUUUCUAUCACUGUGUUCAUAGCCUGGACCCAGAUCUGUUUGUGCAGUCUUGCCAACUCCUAUAGUCUUGACCAGACGACACAAAUAGAUCUGAGACCAGGCUACUGUGUUUAUGCCGUCAGAUUCCACAUGGUUACUGUCGGAAGGUUUGGGUACUUAAAAGGAUCUGUGUUUUGGGACUCUUGAGAGGGGUCUCUGUCCUGGUUGUCUUUGGGGAGGUGGGGAACAGUGCAACAGUCCUACCCCCACCGUACCUGUACUGCCCCCAUCCCUCUGGCUUCGGCUCUAACUGAGGCUCUUGUCCCCAUGGAGAUGUUUGUGUGCCUGGUGGUGUGUAAGCGUGAUUGCGUGAGUCUGCUUUUCUUCUUACGUCCAGGGACAAGGUUGUGAAUGUUUUUGUGAUGUUUGGCUGGGAUGGGAGGGUUGAAUAGGGCAGACCGGGGUGAGGUUCAACAGCAGCUGUUCAAAGUGGUGGGGGAAAUGACUUAGAAACAAACGCAUUCCAUCACAUUGAAUUUGACGUGGAAAAGUGAAAACUGGUGGCCAAAUU